AUGUUACAAAGUGACAGAAAAAUUCUUGUUUUUCCUUGACUCACGUUUUUUCCGCGUUCUUCCUCGGAGUUUGACCCACUCCGGGGCAGCGAUAGCAAAAAAACGUUAAGUCUUCACAAACUCGAAAAAAAUUCAUCAAAUUUCUCUACGAAUUUUGUGUGUAAAAAUUCAACAAUCGUUCGAGCCCAUCAUCGAAUUUCUGCGUCAGAAAAAAUCUAGUUUAAAAAGAAAAUUCAUUUUUUUACGAUUAGAAUUCGUUCGAAGUUCAAAAUUGAAAUGAGAAAUGAAAAAUUCAGGUUUAACGUACAAACGUUUUUGAUUUUUCUUUUUUUUUCUUAUCGGAAUAAGAAAAAAAUGAGAGAUUCGAAAGAAUCUUUGCAUUCCAGCAAGUUAGAAUGAGCAAAGUUUUGAUUUCAAGUGUCCAAGUGUCUGUCGAGUGACCAAUUUUUGUUUUAUUCCGCGCUCUCGGCGUAGUAGGAGCGCAAUGAAAGUAUUGGAGAGAUCGGUAAUCCGCCAGUAGUGUGCUCGGCACCGGCCAGAGUAGACACGCAGCGAUUUGCGAUCGCGAUAAUAGAGUUUAAUCACGAGGAAGAAAAAAAUUUAUCGGGGACGUCGAAAUUGCAAGAAAAAAGUCAAAAGAAAGGUGGAAAAACGUUGAUAGAAUUUUGGAUUUCGAUUUUGAAUGGAGUGAGAAUUUGAUGGAGAUUUGAAGUGUCAGCCUGUCAACAUUUGCCGAGUGUUUUUUUUUUUGUGAAGAUUUAUUAAAGAACUCAAAAAUUGGAUAACCGUGGAAAAGACAUCGCCGGACGAUACGAUGACCUAGUUGAAGAAAAUUUAAUGCCAGCGAACGAGUUCGUCUUCCGUUCGAAGUCUGGAUAGGUUUUUCUUGUUUGGCUUCAAGAGAUAUUUUAUUGCGAAUCGAGGGGAGAGUGAAUUGGGGCGUUAUAAAGGACGAAAAGGAUCGUCAAGAUGAUGCUGAUAAAGAGCUUCUUCAGGAGGAUCAUCAAGGACUUCCGGCACAAGGAACUUUUGCCUCUGAAACUGAUUUUCUUCGUUCAGGCUUCGACUCUGUACGUUCUAUAUCCGUAUUUGACGAUUCACAUGAGAGAGUUGGGAAUAAACGUGGAGGAGACUGCGAUAAUGAGCGCAGUGACUCCUUUCGUAGCGAUCGUGAUGCCACCGAUAGCUGGAAUGAUUGCCGAUCGCAUAGGCAACUUCAAGAUUUUGCUGUCCCUGUUUUCAUCGUUCGGGGGCGGCGCAGCCCUCCUCCUCCUUUUAGUCCCGGUGGGGAGAAUGACCGUUCAAUUCCCAGAACGUGUUGUAAUGGAUGUUAGCUGUCCUGGCACGGAGAGUGAGCUCAUCUACACGAUGAGCCAGAAUCAUCCGUGCGAGACAAAGCUCCAACCGAAAAUCACCACCAGAAUUGAAAGUUGCGGGUACAUCUGUCACGUGGAUAUUCAAAACGAGACGGACCACCAGGCAAUGUUGCAAUCGCGGGGUUACACGGUGCGACAUUUUGAUUUGGCUGAAGGAUUGAACACGUCGUACGCAUACACGUUAACGGAAAGCGAAUUGCCGCCGCCGUUGAAGGCUUACUCGGAUGAUUUGCGUGAGCACAGGAAGAUGAAAAACAACGAAUAUUUCAAGACCUCCGUGCGCCAGUUGUCCAAAAGCACAUAUUUCUUUCCUACACGGCAGCUGUACGAUUACCGGUGCACGCGCCGGGUGCCAACACAGUCGAGCGUCGAAAGUGUUGACAACUCGACGAGUCUCGGAGCUCCGAAGAGGAACGAGAGUUUCUGUGAAUUCGGGGAAAUCUCGAGUGAGGGAAAACGUGUUGCGAACGUGUAUCCGGAUAUUUGGACGAAACUGAAAAGUGUUGAGUCCAAUUACAUCGAUCGGCUUGAAAAAAAGAGGCGUUUCCUCGUCGAGGAAAUGGCCCCGGUCGGCAGCGACGUUUUCGACGGUGUUCGAUGCCAAAAUCCCGAUGUUGCCACAACACGGGUGUCGAUCGACGUUCCCCUCGUCAACUGGACCGUCGGUAACGUCACUUACAAAAAUCUCUACAUCGAAAACUGCAGCAAACGAUGCGUCCUCACUGCACUUCGGUCGGAAAUGUGCUCCAACAAGGAAACCGUCGUCGAGUACAACAUCCAAUUGACCUUCUGGCUUUACCUCGGAAUCCGCGUCUUCAUCGGCAUCAUCGGCGGCACUGCAUUCGCCAUGUUCGAAGGCGCUGUCAUCGCCAUCCUCAGGGAACAGAAAGCUGAUUAUGGACUCCAGAGAAUUUAUGGAAGCAUCGGUGGCAUGAUCUCUUCGCCUUUGUCCGGACUCUUCAUCGACUGGGCCAGCCAGGGCAAGGUCUACACCGAUUUCAGGCCAGCGUUUUAUUUGUACGCCGCCCUCAAAAUAGCUUCCGGUGUAUUGAUGCUGUCGAUUAAUUUGGAGUUUAAAUCACCGGCGAGCAACGUCGUCAGCGACGUCGUGAGUGUUUUGAAAAACGUGGAGAUCGUCGCGCUACUGUUGGCUUGUUUCAUGCUCGGCACAGCAUGGGGCUACAUCGAGUCCUUCUUAUUCUGGCUGCUCCAGGAUCUCGGUGGGUCAAGAUCCUUGAUGGGGAUAACGAUAACAGUGGGUGGGAUCGCCGGAAUCCCACUUUUAGUGCUGUCAGGUCCCAUAAUAGAAAAAAUAGGGCACCCCAACGUUCUGUUCAUCGGUUUCGUCUUCUACGCUGUCAGACUUCUGGGCUACUCAUUGAUUUACAAUCCAUGGUUGAGUUUGAUAUUCGAGGCCCUGGAGUCGGUGACAGCAGCGUUGAGCUUCACGGCGGCGGUGACGUACGCAGCAAAGCUGUCGACGACGACAACGGACACGUCGAUCCAGGGCUUGUUGGGUGGUUUGUACUACGGCGUGGGCAAGGGAUCAGGGAGCCUGAUCGGUGGCUACUUGAUGAAGGCGUUUGGGACCCGGCCGACGUACCAGAUUUUCGCGGCGGCGAGUCUCAUCACAGGGAUCGUGUAUUUCAUGUUCAAUUAUUUGUAUUUGAAGAAGCGCCCCCAAGUGGAGGGUAACGAUAUUGUGAAGAAGAAGCCAAAGGUGAAAAAGUCCUCGAACAUCGAGGCGAACGGGCUCGACAACAUGGGGAUGGACCUGGUGGAGAGGAAUGAGAUAAAGAAGCUCGAAGCUGACGGGAAUUUGGAGAGGAAUCCUGACAAGGUGGAGAAGGACGAUUUCGCGAGGAAUCAGGACGAUCUCGAGGCGAUGAAGAACGCGAAGAAUCUCGACAUGAUCGAGAAGAUCGAAGACAUCGAAGCGAGCAGCGUCCGAAGAAGACGAUCGAUCGACAGUUACCGGUCGCGGCUAAAAGAACCGAGCGCUGAUAAUAAAUCGGGAAUUUCUGACUUACCGACCGAAGGGAACGGCGAUAUUACGCACAGACGAGUUUCUGGCAUCGAGAAUCCUGGAUUCGCCAAAGAAAAUGGCGGCUCUAGAAACCUCACGACCGGAAAAUGCGAUGUCACCGUCGAGAGACAGCCUGAUGAUAAAAAAUAGUCACUUUUCACUCGUCUUCCAAGUUUCCUUACGACGAGAAGCGAUUUGGGUCAACUGCACACAUUCCCAUGCCAGCUACGUUUUUAGCCAUUUCUAUUUCUGCUACGAGAGCUCCGAACAUUGACCAGGAAGGAUAAAAUUCAAAAAAUUGUUUUUUUUUUUUUCAUUUCAUUUUCCCAACGUGUUGACUUCUUUCUUUUCUUACUUCUUACUUUGAAACUAUAAAAAUUCUUACCUUGAAUUUUUUUGAAAUUGUGUUCGCUUGCAGAGCUUCUAAAUUCUGAGGGAGACAAAUUUUUGGCAGAGAAAAGUGUGUCGUAUUGGUCCUUAAGCACAUAUCCUUUGAUAAAAAAGUCACUCAUUUAUGAUGUUUUCAGGACAAAAGUCACUAAAAAUUCGAUGAGAGUGGAGAAAAAUAAAAAUUUGUCGGAUUAUAUUUCAUUUGAAGGUAAAAUUGAAGGUGAUACGUGGUUGCAGGUCAACAGCAAUAAUGAUUUUUCUACGUACGCAAUGAAAUCCUGAUCGACUCAUUAAUUGUACAGUAUUCUUACUAAUUGUGUAUUUUUUGUAUGUUUCUAUAUACAAAUAUGUUACUUUUUCGAUUAUUUUAUUUAUCUCUGUUGAAUGAUUUUUUUUUUUUUUUUUUUUUUUAGAUUUUAUUGGUUUCCUAUGCCACAGUGAUCUGUUCUUUUUUUUUUAAGUAAAAGAUUAUAUAAAUACGAAUAUAUUUACAAUAGCGAUAAUCUUAAGUUCCUCCAUAUUGUAUUAGUCCUUAAGAAAUAAAUCGAAUGAUACGACAUUUGUGAAAGAAAUCGAUCGUUAGCUUUAAUGAAUAAAAGCUUAACGGGA